CUGAAUACUGAUGUAGGUGCUGGUGGAUUUUUAGCAUAGAAAAGUGUCAUAACUUGAUCAUGCCUGAGGAAACAGUGUUUAAACAGGUGGAUGAGAAGCAUGUGUCUGUGGAAGUGGAAUUGAUGUUAUGGUCACCAAAAUUUGACUUGGUGGCAUUAUCAAAUGUUCAAGGGGAGGUUGUACUUCAUCGUUUGUCCUGGCAGAAAGUCUGGCUGGUUGCUCCCCCUGUGGAGGAUGUUAGAGUUACAGCUUUAGCAUGGCGACCCGAUGGAAAAGUAUUAGCAGCAGGGUAUACAUGUGGCAAGAUCAACCUGUAUGAUAUCGAAAACUCUGAAAUCCUCACAACUCUUGAACUGCCAGGGGAGGUAACUUGUAUGAGCUGGAUCACCCAAUCACUACCAGAGGGCAGCGCUUGGUCUCCAGACCCAUAUGAUGAUGAUAAUGCAGCAGUUUACCUUCCAAAGCUACAACCAUUGAACAAAAGUUAUGGAACCUUAACAAAAGGAACAUCUGUGGAAGAAAAUGUUGAAGAUAGGAAAAAGCUGAAUGACCAAAAGGAAUUGAAUUUGUUGCUUGCUGGCUGUGGAGCGAAGGAGCUGCACAUGUUCGCAUAUGGCGUGUAUCCUAUAGGGGACAAAGUAAUUACACCAGUUCAAGAUGCACAGCUGAAGCAGAUACAUAGUGCUGAGAUCUCCCAGGACCUUCACAUGGUUUCCAUGGUGAUAGAGCUGGCUAAAGGGGAUACCCAGGAACAAGAGUUUUCCAUUAUGACUUUUGACACAAGACUGUUGUCAUCUCGGUACCAAGAAUUGCGGAUCCUGGCAUUAAAGUGCGGACAGAUUGCCACAUUGAUGGGAUACCUACAACAGACUAUACAACAGAUGUCAGAGGCUUGGGAAGAUAUUCUCAUGGAAAUGGACUCCAAACUUCUCAAAUUUGCUGGUGAAAAAAGAAAGACGGGUACCAGCACUGUGAGCAAUGAUUUCCUGGAACUGUUGAUGUUUGGAACUCCCAGUCCUGAACUUCAAGCAUUCCUACUUCACGAACUCACAGAAAAGGGUCUAAAGAAUCUGGGUCACUCCAUAGAGACAUCCUACUCAAACAUACAGAAACUGGUGGUUCAACACCUUCAAGUGGUAAGUCAGGCAAUACUGUACCACCUCAGCGAUCUCCGUGGGAUGUCAGCUUGGUACGAAAAGUUCGGAGUUCUAGGCAUGCACACACAGAAGAUCCAAGAGGCUGUCACGGCUGUAGGAUCUUUUGUCCUGAAAACAUCAGAAAUACAGCAAGUGAUUGAUAACAGUAUAAAGAAUUUCAAGGCGUUCUUCAGGUGGCUGUAUGUAGUAAUUCUAAGACUUUCCAAUGAAAAACCUCCUGCCGAGCUGAGCAAGAUGACACAACAUGAUAUUAACUUUGUAGCAGAAUUCCUCCGAGACAACUUUGCACAUUUUACCCUAGAUAAUCAGGAUGAAGAUGACAUAUCAAUAGCAGAUCUGAUGGAGGACCACAACAGUAAAUCAGGCUUCAAGUUGGAGAAAGUUGGACAGUAUUUAAAACGAGAAGAUCUACAUUAUCCACCAUCUGUAUCCUCUAAUCCCUGGAUACAGUUUCAGAAGGGCUGUUUUCAUCUUAAAGAUACAGACAUCUUAUACCCUGUACAGAAUACCAAAUCUCUGGUACAGCUGCUGGACAUCCUGUUGGAAGCUAUCCAUUCUGCCUUGUCUCGUCCCUCUAUGGUCAUAGGAAGUUCAUUUGAGUGUCUGUCUUCCCGACGUCUCUUCACAAUCCCUAAACAAAAUGGAGACUGUGAUUUAAAACCGAAGAUUUGCCAAUUUACAAGUAAUGAGUGUCAGUGUUUGUACACCGUCUAUACCAUGGAGAGACUACCCUCUGAAGAUCUCAUCAUCUUGCGCCAGUCGACCACGGGUGGCAGUGUUCAUUGUGAGGCUGUAGCGGUCAAGUUUGGAGAGAUACCACAGCGGUCAGUUAAUACAAGUGGACAAGAGGAUCAAGAAAGAUUUUGCAAGCACCGCCUCCAAGAUGUUGGCUUCUAUGACGAGAGAACACUUUCUUUGCUAUUAGUUGAGGAGGGUGAUGAUGAGACACCAGUAUUGGUACAGCUCCCUCUGGCAGUAAUUGCAGAUUCCAUGUACACAAGUGUACCACCAGAUGGCAGUAUCCAGGGUGUGAGCCUGAAUGUGAUUGAUAUUGGUGAGAAGCUAGAGAACUGUCAGCGACUUGAUAACAUGAAGGCUCACUCCUUUUCUGUUAGCGGUACUCGUAAAACAGCUAUUGUUCUGUUUUCCUCAAAGAGACGAGUUCGAAUAUUUCUGAUGGAUGCUGAGGAGGAAGAGGAAGAUGAAGAUGAGGCUGAUGAGACUGGUGAUUUGACGGAAGCUGACAUAAGUGGGGCUCAAGUUGGGGAGGGUGACAUCAGUGACAUGAGUGGUAUCCCAGAAGGGAAUAGUGUGAUGCAGGUUGAGGAAGGGGACUCGGAGGGACAAGAAGACAAGGAGAAUCUUAACUUCCUCAGUCCCAGCUGAAAAAAGGGCCAAGUAUCAUUAUAAAGCUGGGAUGGAAUAGGGGUUAGGGGAGUGGGGAGAAUCCUGAGGAAUAGGAAUAAAAAAAAUCUCAGUUUCAUCAGAAAAGGCUCCGCAUGGCAUCAAAGUUCUUAAUUUAGAUGAAGGGAACUCGAAAGUAAGAUGUAAGGAAAAUGAGAAUUUUCACUUCAUCAGCUAAAGCAAAACUAGGAGUCAGAGUGAAAUAUUGGUUGGGAUAGGUGAGUAGGGGAAACCUGAUGGAAUAAGAAGAUAAGGACAUUAAACUUAAGCAUUCCAAGUAUAUAGAAAAAUCAUAGUUCUUAAUUAAAUGGGUUAGUUGAGGAUCAGGUUGGAGGAACUGAGAAAAAUCAAAAGAGGUUGGUGCUUCAGUGAUAAGCAGAGAAAUGAAGAGCUGUCUUGGUUGUGACCUUGGACAAGACACUUUAUCCCAAUAACUCUGUGAUGGGCCUUCUCUAUGUUGUUCACUGAGGAAGUCACCAGUUACAACAAGGAGUCUUUGCCUAAUGACCCUUGCUGUUCGUUGGGCAAUAACCCAGCAGGCUUGGUGGAGGGUAAUACAUUUGCUGAUCUCUGGUUAUGAUUUGAAAGUCAUCACCACAAAAUGGCAAUAGAUUACAUGAUCAAUGCUUCUAAAGUUUAUUUGGAAAAAGACAGGAAAAUAAUUUUUUUUAGAUUAAGAUCACUACCAAUAUUUGAUUAACCAGCGAAAAGGUAUACAGAAUAUAUAAUACUUUUUAAUCAUAUGAAUUUUUAACUAUUGGAAACUUCUUAUAUCACAAGAUUAAAUCAAUAUUCUAUGUUUAUUGUUAU